GAGCGGAGAGCCAAUGGCGGCGUGGGAAGGCGUGUCCUACUUCGGGAGGCACCGCCCCUCCGUUACCUUCCCUCAGUCCGCCUGUCAGUCAUUGAGUCGGCCGGCCGGUUUUUCUUGCUGCGGUUCCCGUUGUCUCUCCCGCCAUCCUUGCUUCCCUCAUGCAGCUCGCCAGGGGCCCCGCCAGCGGGGAAGCCUCCGCCGUCUCGCCAAUCUCCGGGCCGGCCGCCAUCCAGAUCUGCAGGAUUAUGGGCCCUGAUGAUGCCAACAUUGCUGGGAACGUCCAUGGAGGGACCAUAUUAAAAAUGAUUGAGGAGGCAGGUGCCAUCAUCAGCACUCGGCACUGCAACUCUCAGUCUGGUGAGCGAUGCGUGGCCGCCCUGGCCCGCGUGGAGCGCACAGACUUCCUUUCCCCCAUGUGCAUCGGAGAAGUGGCUCACGUCAGCGCUGAGAUCAGCUACACAUCCAAGCACUCCGUAGAAGUCCAAGUGCAUGUGGAGUCGGAAAACAUUCUCACAGGUGCCAAGAGGGUGACCAACAAGGCAACUCUGUGGUAUGUGCCCCUCUCUCUUAACAACGUGAACAAAGUAUUGGAAGUCCCUCCUAUUCAGUUUGCAGAGAAGGCUCAGGAGGAGGAAGGGAGAAGGCGCUAUGAAGAGCAGAAGCUGGAACGUUUGGAAACAAAGGAGAGGAACGGGGAUGUCAUCAUGCCAGUAAUCAACCCAGAUAGACAAAGAAAAGAGCCAUAUACUGUUGGCUACAGCCAGUCCAGCUUGAUCCACCUGGUGGGACCAUCUGACUGCACCAUGCAUGGAUUUGUGCACGGAGGUGUUACUAUGAAGCUGAUGGAUGAGGUAGCUGGGAUCGUUGCUGCUCGCCAUUGCAAGACCAACAUAGUCACUGCAUCUGUGGAUGCCAUCAAUUUCCAUGAAAAGAUUAAAAAAGGCUGCGUGAUCACAAUUUCUGGGCGCAUGACCUUCACGAGCAAUAAGUCCAUGGAGAUCGAGGUCUUUGUGGAUGCUGACCCCUUUGUGGACGAGUCUCAGGAGCGGUAUCGGGCUGUCAGUGCAUUCUUCACCUAUGUGUCCCUAAGCAAGGAGGGGAGGCCGCUCCCUGUCCCACAGCUGGUGGUAGAAACAGAAGACGAGAAGAGGCGUUUUGAGGAGGGGAAAGGCCGCUACCUCCAGACCAAAGCCAAGCGCCAGGCACAGACCCAGCCGCUCACUCAGCAAUGACCGAUCUCAGCCGGAGCCCCUUCCGGGAGGAGAGAGCCACCAUCAGCACAUCCACUCAGAAAUCUUCACUUUGGGCAUUUCAAUAGCAGAACCGGACCGGGUAGCACAUAGAGCCCUCAUGGCACCCCAGAGAAAGUCACCAUUCUGUCAUAUCUGUACUUGUCGUAGCUAGUCCAACCGACACAUUAGGAGCCAUGCUAGGCGACCAGGGAUGCCCUUGGAAAGGUGGGUU